AUGGCCACUCCGGCCACGUCCCGCCCCGUGGACAAGCAGGCGCAGCUAGCGGCCCUCAAAGCGAAGGUCACCGCGAAGGUCGCGAGCAAGAUGCCCCUGCAGCUGGUUCCGGACGCCCCGCUCUGCCUGGACGCGUGCAGCGCGGAGGACGUCCAGGCUACUGCGCUCGUGGCCAAGACCGCUCCGAGCGACUCUGACUGGGAGGUUCCCGCCAAGAAGAAGCGCGCGGGCGGCGCCAACAGGCCCGGCCCGAACCCUGUUCCGCGGAAGAAGAAGGCAGCCAGCAGGCCGCAGCCUGGGGCGUACGACCACAUCGCCGACGCGGCCGCCCUGCGCGCGCUGCUCGAGGAGCGCGACCGCACGAUCGCGGGCCUGCGCAACGGCACGAUCAACGCGGCGACCGGCAGGCAGCUGAGCGGGGAGGAGUUGGAGAAGGAGGUAGAAAAACAUCGCAAGGCCAUUACCAAGGGUCUGACGGGGCAGAUGAAGUGGGCGCCGGCGCUGAAGCACGGCCUCAAGGCGAUGUCGCUCGAGAUCGUCGGCAUCACGGAGCCCGUGUUCCGCGCGCUGAUGGGGCCGGAGCUGAUGCAAAAGGCAAAGGUGGGGCCCAAGCAGAUCUCCGUCUCGCAGGCCUCGCUGCCCGGGGUGGAGCUGUACAGCCACAUCCGGUACAGCAUCCUCUGCUGCGUCGGCGGGCUCAAGAUCGUGUACAACAAGGAGUCUCGCCUGGUGAAGCUCAGCGGGAAGUAUGGCCUGUAG